AUGGUCGCCUUAUCAUUACUUGUGGCGAUGGCCGUGGCCUUUUUAGCAGGCCCGAGCCCAGUCUUUGGUGCAAUUACCCCCAGCCUCCAGAGCAUCCUAAAGAAUACCCAUGGCAGCAUGGAUGAUUAUUGGAGAGAUGAGCCAUUCUAUACCGGUUUGGCAAAGGGCUGUAUGUCCACCGAAGCCGAUGUCUGGCUAUACAACGAUACCCUCUAUGUCGGGCACCAUGAAUCGGCUUUGACCGAGGACCGAACACUCGAGUCUCUCUAUAUUAAACCGAUCCUAGAUAUUCUGGCGCGUCAAAAUCCGGACAGUCCGUUUAUAACCUUGCCUACCAAGAACGGUGUUUGGGAUACAGACCCCGAGCAAACGCUCUACUUUUUCAUUGACGUGAAAACCUCGGGGCAUGAAACUUUCGAGGCCGUCAUCAAAGCUCUCGAGCCUCUUCGCGAAAAGGGAUACCUGACCAGCGUGACGAAUGGCAAAACCGUCACCAAUGGACCAGUCACCAUCAUUGCCACGGGAGAAACUCCGCUUGAGAUGGUUACCCAGGUUCCAGACCGGGACUACUUCUUUGACGCGCCUCUCGGGGAGCUCACGGACAAGCGAUAUGCUGACAUCACGGCCGCAGUAUCGCCUAUCGCAUCUACGGAUUUCGAGAAAGCUGUCGGCAAAGUCAAGCCCGACACCAGCCCCGUCUUGACAGAUGCACAGCUCAAAUCUCUCCAGAGCCAAAUUGCCGCAGCAAAUGAACGCGGUAUUGGUGCCAGAUAUUGGAACACACCGAGCUUCCCUGUCCGGAAACGGAAUCUGAUCUGGAGGGCUCUUCUCCAAGAGGGUGUCAUGCUGCUCAAUGCAGACGAUUUGGAUGCCGUGAAUGCAUUUUUCUGA